AUGAGUUCUAGGUUAUCUGGGAAGGUGAAGUGGUUCAACGAUCAGAAGGGGUUUGGAUUCAUUACCCCUGAUGAUGGUACAGAGGAGCUUUUCGUUCACCAAUCUCAGAUCCAGACUGAUGGUUUCCGGAGCCUUGCUGAGGGUGAAUCUGUUGAGUAUCAGGUUGAAUCUGACUCCGAUGGACGAUCCAAGGCUGUGCAGGUGACUGGUCCCGAUGGCGCGUCUGUGCAGGGAAGCAAGCGUGGCGGUUACAACAGUGGCGGUGGAGGUGGUUAUGGUGGACGAGGAGGAGGACGCGGUGGAGGCGGCGGCGGUGGUGGUGGCGGUGGAAGCUGCUACAGCUGUGGGGAGUCUGGUCAUUUUGCUAGAGAUUGCCCUACCAGUACCCGUUAG